AUGGCCUGCCGCUCCUGCGUCGUUGGCUUCGGCAACCUCAACAGCUGUGUGGUGACCCAGGCGAGCAGUCCCUGGCUUGGGACCUCCGGAUGGAGCAAUUACAGAGCCCCCGAGCUGGGCUUCAGCUCCAGCAGCCUCACAGGCUGUCUGUCAGCUAGCGCCAUCCCCAAGGUGACCGUGAACCCCAGCCUGCUGGUACCUCUGGACCUCAAGGUGGACCCAGCCAUCCAGCAGCAGAAGAGCCAGAAGAAGGAGGAAAUGAAGGUCCUCAAUGAUAAAUUUGCCUCCCUGAUUGGCAAGGUGCAAGCCCUGGAGCAGCGCAACCAGCUGCUGGAGACCCGUUGGCGCUUCCUGCAGAGCCAGGACUUGGCAGCCUUUGACCUUGGACACCUCUACGAGGAGUACCAGGGCCGACUGCAGGAGAAACUGCGCAAAGUGAACCAGGAGAGGGGCCCGAUUGAGGCCAAACUGCUGCAGGAGCUUGAGAUGGUGGAGGAGUUUCAGAUCAGGUAUGAGGACGAGCUCGCCAAGCGCACGGACAUGGAGUUCACCUAUGUGCAGCUGAAGAAGGACCUGGAUGCAGAGUGUCUUCGACGGACAGGACUAGAGACCAAGUUAAAAGGCCUGAAGAGCUUUGUGGAACUGAUGAAAAGCAUCUACGAGCAGGAGCUGAAGGACUUGGCAGCCCAAGUGAAGGAUGUGUCGGUGACCGUGGGUAUGGACAGCCGCUGCCACAUUGACCUGAGCGGCAUCGUGGAGGAGGUGAUGGCCCAGUAUGACGCCGUCAUGGCUCGCAGCCUGGAAGAGGCCAAGGCAUACUCCCAGAGCCAGCUGGAAGAGCGGGCUGCCUGCUCAGCCGAGUCUGAGAACAGCCUCCAGAGAAGCCGCGGCGAGAUCGCUGACCUCAAAGUGCGCAUCCAGAAGCUCCGAUCCCAGAUCCUCUCCAUCAAGAGCCACUGCCUGAAACUGGAGGAGAACAUCAAGGCAGCCGAGAACCAGGGUGAGCUGGCCUUCCAGGAUGCCAGGGCUAAGCUGGCCCAGCUGGAGGACGCCCUGCAGCAGGCCAAGAAGGACAUGGCGCAGCAGCUGCGCGAUUACCAGGAGCUGAUGAAUACCAAGCUGGCCCUGGACGUGGAGAUCGCCACCUACCGCAAGCUGGUGGAGGGCGAGGAGAGCCGAAUGGACUUGCCCUCAGCCACUGUGAUCAGCUCCAUGCAGUCCAGGCCUAGAACUGCUGCCUCCAAGUAUGGCCUCUCGAGAGCCCCCUCCCGGAAAAAGAAAAACAGGGAAGACCUCGUGAUCAAAAUCACCGAAACCUCAGAAGACUUCCUCUCGCAGGAGUCAGAGCUCUCACAGUAA